GAGGUUUCGGGUUUUAAUUCAUUCAAUUAAAACAUUUAUAUAAAUCUAUAUAUCAUAUACAGACCCAAUCGGCCAAUCGAAACGAGAGGUCAAGCGCUUUCUGUCUCUCUCUCUCAUCAGACACUUGGGCUGCCAUUAAUGGAGGAGAACAAGCAGCCACUACUCUCCUCCUUCGGAGAAACAGAAGCAGAAGAAGAAAACCAGAACACCCACUUGCAGACUCUCCUCGCCACAACCUCAAAUCACUCCUUCACCGCCGACGCAGACGAUAUCCACCCCAUAAACACCGCCAGAGACUUUUUCAAAGAGUUCAGAAAUGAAUCCAAGAAGCUCUGGUUCUUAGCCGGCCCGGCCAUAUUCACCUCCAUAUGCCAAUACUCCCUCGGCGCCGUCACUCAAGUAUUCGCCGGCCAUGUCAGCACUAUCGCCCUCGCCGCCGUCUCCGUCGAGAACUCUGUCAUCGCCGGCUUCUCCUUCGGAAUUAUGCUUGGAAUGGGGAGCGCACUGGAGACCCUAUGCGGGCAAGCAUUCGGGGCUGGUCAGCACGAUAUGUUGGGGAUAUAUAUGCAAAGAUCUUGGGUGAUCCUCAACGCAACAGGGGCAAUCCUCUGUUUUCUAUACAUAUUCGCUCGGCAACUGUUGAAGCUGAUCGGUCAGACCACGGAGAUAUCCGAGGCUGCUGGGUUGUUCGCCAUUUGGAUGAUUCCUCAGCUAUUCGCUUACGCCAUGAACUUUCCCAUAGCUAAGUUCUUACAGGCGCAGAGUAAGAUGAUGGUCAUGGCUGCCAUAUCGUUAGUUGCUCUGGUUUUGCACACGUUUUUUAGCUGGCUACUGAUUCUCAAGCUGGGGUGGGGCAUGGCCGGCGCCGCUGUGGUCCUCAACGUCUCGUGGUGGUUCAUAGUGGUAGCUCAGCUGGCUUAUAUUUUUAGUGGGACUUGUGGUCGAGCUUGGUCUGGUUUUUCUUGGAAGGCUUUUCAGAACCUUUGGGGCUUUGUUAGGUUAUCACUUGCAUCAGCUGUCAUGCUCUGUUUGGAAGUUUGGUACUUCAUGGCACUUAUUCUUUUUGCUGGAUAUCUUAAGAAUGCAAAAGUUUCCGUGGACGCCCUUUCCAUAUGCAUGAACAUAUUGGGAUGGACAGUGAUGGUAGCGUUUGGCAUGAAUGCAGCAAUAAGUGUGAGAGUAUCAAACGAGCUAGGCGCAGCUCAUCCAAGAACAGCGAAAUUCUCACUAGUGGUGGCAGUGAUAAGCUCCUUCUUUAUUGGUUUCGUUUUGUCAGUUAUCUUGAUCAUCACACGCAAUGAUUAUCCAACGCUAUUUUCAGACGACUCAGACGUAGAUACUCUUGUUAAGGAGCUCACUCCCCUCCUCGCCAUUUGCAUCCUCAUCAAUAAUAUUCAACCUGUUUUGUCUGGGGUUGCAAUUGGAGCUGGAUGGCAAGCUGUAGUGGCAUAUGUGAACAUUGUUUGUUAUUAUGUAUUUGGAGUCCCAUUGGGUCUUGUAAUGGGCUAUAAACUCGACAUGGGUGUUAGGGGGAUUUGGUACGGUAUGUUGUCAGGGACAGUGGUACAGACGUGUGUUCUUUUCGUGAUGGUGUACAAAACUAAUUGGAACAAAGAGGCAUCUGUAGCUGAAGACAGAAUCAGAAAAUGGGGAGGGCCAGCUUCGGAAGAAGACGACGUGGAAAAAUGAGCAGUAAACUUUUGUUAAAGGAUAUAAAUUAUUAAUUUGUUAUCCAUAAUUGCAUGUAUCAUUGAAAGUUGCAACUUUUUGUCAUUAAUUGUCAUUUCUCUCUAAUUCCUUUUCCGUUUUUACUUUUUA